AUGAUGGAGAUGGAGGAAUUGGAUCCUUUGCCAAUUGAAAUUGAAAAGGUUAAGCAAAUCGUUGAUUAUCAAAUCUAUAUAAAGUGCAACAAAGUGGGUCAUUCAUUGCAAUCUGAAUAUGAGAAAGCCUUAAAAGAUUAUAUCAAUUCAUUAGUAGUUCCUGCAUUGAGGGAGAAAGAAGAUGAGUUUCUUUUGGCAGAAGUUGUAAAGGAAUUGGAAUUUUACAAACAAAUGGUUACAAUUCUAUCCAAAUUUGUGUCUUUUCGUUUAACCAGUUCGAAUUAUUCAAUAAUAGUCUACAAUGAGGGUUUGUACAAUGAGGGUUUGUACAAUAAUGUGCUGGCUACUAUGAUGGUUCAAAUUAAUAAAAUGCGGGAAGGUGAGAGCAUUCUUGAUGGGACUUUAUUGAAGAAUGUUGUGUGUAUGGUGUGGGAUUUGGGAUGGACUACUAUAAAGAUUUUGAAGUCGCCGUUUUCAAAAAAACCUGCAUUUACUAUUCUAGAAAGACUACUUCAUGGAUAUGUGAGUAUUCUUGUCUAG